AUGAAGUACGGCGGGGCAAACGUGACGGUCACCGACCUUGAGGAGCUGCAGGAGCUGUUGAUGGUUAAUAUAGAGAACAACAGGCAUCUGGUCACAGGGUCAGUCCGAGCCAAGGUACUGAAAUGGGGUGAAGAUGUAACAGAAUUUCAGCCUCCCCCCGAUUAUAUACUAAUGGCUGAUUGCAUUUACUAUGAGGAGUCAUUAGAACCGUUACUGAAGACACUGAAAGACCUUACUGGCCCUGAUACGUGCGUCUUGUGCUGUUACGAACAGAGGACUAUGGGGAAGAAUCCUGAAAUUGAGAGAAAGUACUUUGAGCUGCUUCAGAUGGACUUUGAGCUGGAAAAAAUUCCCCUGGAUAAGCACGAUGAGGAGUAUCGCAGCGAAGACAUUCAUAUCGUGAAUAUCCACAGGAAACAAACGAAUUUUCCAUCGUGAGAUCUUUGACCGCAGUAUCUGUCCUCUGGCAGCUGGUAGAGCUCUGGAGAAGAGGGAUGGGGUGUGGAAUAACGCCACAAAGGGACUGUCUCCAGUGUGGUUUGUGACUCAUCUACAGAACGGCUUCUCGGUGCUGGACUUGGCAUGAGGCACCAGAAGAAGUGGGCUCGUUAGACUAGAUCCACUGGCAGCGCCUUCCAAGAGGACAGAUGUGAGCUGUUGGUGUCUGCAGGCUGAGGCAGGGGAAGGCAGAAAACGGAACCGGAGCUUCGCCCAGAGCAGCGCUGGGUGCAUCUUCUGGUUACCUCUGCCGGGCAGCCGCUUCUUAGGGCAGCGGGCGGCUUGCCGAGUGCUCACAGAGCAGAUCCGAGGACACCGCGCCGAAGGCUCUGUGAGGAGACAUCUCUGCGAGCGGGCUCAAUCGCGCAGCCCCGGAUAGCCGGUCAAUAAAACUUUUGCACUU